AUGGAGCUUGGCAGCAUCGUCGGCGUCCCCGCGGUGGCCGAACCCGAGAAGCCGUCGACCCCCAUCAAGUUCAUGGGCACACGACUGCGCUGCAUGGAGCUCGAAGAGAAGCUAGCUAUGCUGAUAGCCAAGCUCACGUCGGUCGCCUACCCGUUUAAAGACGACGUAUACGACGCCAUGUCGUCGCUGCGCCAGCAUGACCAAAUGCUAUGCGAGCUCGAGGAGUACAUUUCUGCCGAUCUGCCUGCGAAGGAAGAGUUCCUCUACGGCAACUGCGCCACCAUGCGCGCGACGAUCCGAGAGACAAUGCAGUACCUACAAGUGCAGCUCCAGACCACAUUCGAUGCCAAAGCCCAAGCCGACUACCUGAUGCGGCCCCUCCGUCGCAAGGUCCAUCACGCGCGGAAGCUACUCACGGUGUUUUUGCACAACGACGCGACGGACGUGGACGCCCAGCUGCAUACGAUCGAAGCGCUGCUUCUCGAGGCGGAAGAGACCGAUCUGCAGUUUGAUUGCCAUGCAUUCCACUACGGCCGCGACCUCUUAAUAGAAGAAAAGGACCGCAUCAUAGCCGAGUGGAAGCUCGUGCGGCGUGACAUUCGCCAAGUGCGGCGCGCGACCAAAGAGGGUCCGGCGUCGUCGUCGUCGCCGUCGAGCAGCAGCAGUCGGCUCGAGUACCGCGCCGUGUCCCCCUGUCACUAA